CCUCCUGUGAUCAAGAUGUGCCGUGAUUCGAUGUGGGAAGGUGUACCAGGACUUGUGCGAGUCCCCCCGGCAGGUUGGUGUUCUCGACUUCCUGUGACCUAAGACUUCUCCUGGGUAAUGCAACCCAGCCUCAUAGCUCAGGGAGUCAUCAGAGCAGAGCGGAGCACGGUGCAGCUUCGGUGAUGUCAGAGCGCUAAUCUCUCUGGGGGGGAUUGGCGGAUGGACGCUUGUCAGAAACAUUUGAUGCUGCCUUGGAUGAAAGCCUUCGGAGACAGGAGCUGGAGCUGUGCUACUUUCUUUCUGAUCGCUGAUGUUGCGGGGCUUUUGGGAGCGGGGCUGCUUCCGCGUUCCAGCAUGUGAAGAGUGGCUGAUGAGAGCGGCUGAGGGAAGGAGAGGGUCUGACCGAGACGUCCAGACAGACAGGCUGACUUUGUGCUACAGGGAGAUUUCCUCACGUUUCGUCCAGCAGGCACAAACAUCCAGAGAUAACAUACAGGCUCGGGCCCUGAGCCUUUGCUUUUCAUUUUUAACUGCUGCUGCAGGCACAAGGGGAGUUAGCGGGCAUCCGGUUGUAACCUUUUAGGAACAAGAUGAUCUCGGUGGAUCUUAAUAAGGGAUUUAUUUAUCAGAGAACUGAUGAGGAGGCGGUGGUGGACCGUGGGGGCACACGCUCUAUGCUCAACACCAACUUUGAGAAGGAAGAACUCGAAGGUCACCGCACUCUCUACAUUGGAGUUCAUGUUCCUUUGGGCCGGAAGUCCCGUCGUCGUCACCGUCACCAUGGACACAAACACAGGAAGAGGUCCAAGGAGAGGGACUCCACAGGUGAAGAUGGACGAGAAUCCCCCUCCUAUAACACUCCAGCACAGAGGGUGCAGUUUCUUCUGGGCACAGAGGAUGCCGACGAGGAUCACAUCCCACACGCCCUGUUUACCGAGCUGGACGAAAUCUGCCUCAGAGAGGGUGAGGACGCCGAAUGGAGAGAGACUGCAAGGUGGCUGAAGUUUGAAGAGGAUGUUGAAGAUGGCGGUGAACGGUGGAGUAAACCCUACGUAGCCACUCUGUCUCUGCACAGUGUGUUUGAGCUACGCAGCUGCAUCAUGAAUGGCAUCGUGAUGCUGGACAUGAGGGCCAACUCAUUAGAAGAGAUCGCAGACAUGGUUUUGGAUCAGCACGAGGGGUCUGGCUCUCUGGGUCAAGAGGCCCGGAAGAGGAUCCGCGAGGCCCUGCUGAAGCAGCACCACCAUCAGAACCAGAAGAAACUGGCCAACCGUAUUCCCAUCGUCCGCUCCUUCGCCGACAUCGGCAAGAAGCAGUCUGAGCCUCAUUCCAUGGACAAGAAUGGCCAAACAGUCUCACCUCAGUCCCAGCCAUCCAACAACGAGGGUAAACAGGACGUCAGCCGAGAAAACAGCGCCGUGGACUUCAGUAAGAUUGACCUCCAUUUCAUGAAGAAGAUCCCUCCUGGUGCCGAGGCAUCCAACGUCUUGGUAGGAGAGCUGGAAUUCCUAGACCGCCCUGUGGUGGCCUUCGUCCGUUUAUCUCCCGCUGUGCUUCUCAAUGGCCUGACUGAAGUUCCCAUCACCACCAGGUUCUUGUUUAUCCUCCUUGGGCCUCUAGGGAAAGGUCCACAGUAUCAUGAAAUUGGACGAUCUAUUGCUACGCUGAUGACCGAUGAGAUUUUCCAUGAUGUUGCCUAUAAGGCCAAAGACAGGAAUGAUCUGGUGGCCGGCAUCGACGAGUUUCUGGAUCAGGUGACUGUUUUACCUCCUGGCGAGUGGGACCCCUCCAUCAGAAUAGAGCCUCCUAAGAAUGUUCCUUCUCAGGAAAAGAGAAAGAUCCCCCCUGUUCCCAACGGAGUGACGGAUCUUGGAGAGUCAGAGGCACAUGGAGGACAUGGUGGCCCUGAGCUCCAGCGCACAGGGAGGUUCUUUGGUGGGUUGAUCUUGGACAUCAAGCGAAAGGCUCCUCACUACCUUUCCGACUACACAGACGCCCUCAGUCUCCAGUGUCUGGCCUCCUUCCUCUUUCUUUACUGCGCCUGCAUGUCUCCUGUUAUCACCUUCGGAGGGCUCCUGGGUGAGGCCACAGAGGGACGGGUGAGUGCCAUUGAGUCCCUGUUUGGAGCUUCAAUGACGGGGAUAGCCUACUCUCUUUUUGCUGGGCAGCCUCUCACCAUCCUGGGCAGCACUGGGCCUGUUCUCGUCUUUGAAAAGAUCCUUUUCAAGUUUUGCAAAGAAUACGGCUUGUCCUACCUCUCCCUGAGGGCCUGCAUCGGGCUGUGGACGGCUUUCUUCUGCCUGCUGCUAGUGGCCACAGACGCCAGCUCCCUGGUCUGUUACAUCACUCGCUUCACAGAAGAGGCUUUCGCGUCGCUGAUCUGCAUCAUCUUCAUCUAUGAAGCCCUGGAGAAGCUGAUCCACUUGGGGGUGCACUAUCCUGUCAACAAACAUAACGACCUGCAGAAACUCACCCAAUACUGGUGUAGCUGUGUUGAGCCCAGGAACCCGAGCAAUGAGACUCUGCAAUUUUGGGAGGAGAGAAACAUCACCACCUCCGAGGUCAACUGGACCAUGCUGGAGGUCAAGGAGUGUGAGAUGUUUCAUGGGGUGUUUGAGGGGCCCGCCUGCGGACACCAUGGCCCGUAUAUCCCAGACGUCCUCUUCUGGUGCGUGGUCCUCUUCUUCACCACAGUCUUCAUGUCGGCCUUCCUCAAGGAGUUCAAGACGAGCCGCUACUUCCCCACCAAGGUGAGGUCUGUCAUCAGCGACUUUGCAGUCUUUAUCACCAUCCUGACUAUGGUCCUUGUGGAUUAUGCCAUUGGAAUCCCCUCACCCAAAUUGCAGGUCCCCAACAAGUUCAAACCAACAAGAGAUGAUCGAGGCUGGAUUAUAAACCCUGUGGGACCCAACCCAUGGUGGACCACCAUUAUCACGUUUGUUCCCUCUCUGCUCUGCACCAUCCUCAUCUUCAUGGACCAGCAGAUCACAGCUGUUAUUAUCAACAGGAAGGAGCACAAACUGAAGAAAGGCUGUGGUUACCACCUGGACCUGUUUGUGGUGGGGGUCAUGCUGGGCGUGUGCUCGGUAAUGGGCCUGCCGUGGUUUGUGGCGGCCACGGUGCUCUCCAUCUCCCACGUGAACAGCCUGAAGCUGGAGUCGGAGUGCUCGGCUCCUGGAGAGCAGCCCAAGUUCCUGGGCAUCCGAGAACAACGCUUCACCGGCCUCAUGAUCUUUACGCUCAUGGGCUGCUCUGUCUUCAUGACCUCUGUGCUAAAGUUCAUCCCCAUGCCUGUGCUUUAUGGCGUCUUUCUCUACAUGGGGGCGUCGUCCCUCAGAGGCAUUCAGUUCUUCGAUCGCUUGAAGCUGUUUUGCAUGCCACCCAAACAUCAGCCAGACUUCAUCUACCUUCGACAUGUACCCCUGAGGAAGGUGCACCUCUUCACCAUCAUCCAGCUCAGCUGCUUGGUCCUUCUCUGGGUCAUUAAGACCUCCAGGGCGGCCAUCGUUUUCCCCAUGAUGGUUUUGGCUCUGGUUUUUAUUCGCAAGCUGCUUGAUUUCAUCUUCACUAAGAGAGAACUGAGCUGGCUGGAUGAUCUCAUGCCAGAGUGGAAGAAGAAGAAGCUGGAGGAUGCAGCGAAGGAGGACGAACACAGUAUUAUUGCAGAAGAGGAAGGGAUUGUGCAAGUACCACUGGAGGGGCACUACAAGAGUGAUCCAGCCACAGUGAACAUCACUGACGAGAUGUCCAAAGGAUCUUUUGGGAACGUGUGGAAGGCUGUGAGUCCAGCUGAGAGCUCUAAAAAGGAACCGAGCUCAAAAGGUUGUGCCAGAAGCGGUGAAAAGCGACACAAGAAGAGGAGGCAUGACAAGAGCUUGGAUAAGGAGACGAGUUUGUAA